AAAUUAUGUAUAUUAUUAUUAUAUUGAUAAAAAAGGUUGCAAGUAGGAGAGUGGAUGGGUAGCAUGUUAGAGUUGACCUCCGGUUAUUGUGUUCAUCAGUUCCGGCCAUCUUGUUCCUUUUGUUAGAUCUAUCAUUAUUUUGGAUGCUACAAGGUGAAUUGGAUGAGGCUGAGCUGAUUGUAAUUGUUUGAUGGGCAACGCAUGCCGUGGAUCUUUCGGAGGCAAAACUUUUCAGGGCUCUGAGCCCCAACAAGACCACUCCAAUUCCAAUUCCAAGCGCAAUACCGCUACAACCCACGAUUCCCAACAGCCUAAUCUACCCCUUGUGAGCCCCAGAAAAGAGAGCAGCAUGAAUCGCACGAGCGCUAACCAGGCGUAUUACGUGCUGGGUCAUAAGACCCCUAACAUUCGCGAUCUCUACACCCUCGGCCGUAAACUAGGACAAGGCCAGUUUGGCACCACUUUUUUAUGCACCGAAUUGUCUUCAGGUACCGAGUACGCCUGUAAAUCCAUUGCCAAGAGGAAACUCAUCUCCAAGGAGGAUGUAGAAGAUGUCAGGAGGGAAAUUCAGAUAAUGCACCAUUUGGCUGGUCACAAGAACAUCGUUUCCAUCAAGGGUGCUUAUGAGGAUCCUUUGUAUGUUCAUAUUGUCAUGGAGGUCUGUAGUGGCGGUGAAUUGUUUGACCGCAUCAUUCAAAGAGGACACUACACCGAGAGAAAGGCUGCUGAAUUGACUAAGAUUAUUGUUGGUGUCGUUGAGGCAUGCCAUUCACUUGGAGUUAUGCAUAGAGAUCUCAAACCUGAGAAUUUCUUGUUGGUUAACAAGGAUGAUGAUUUCUCUCUCAAGGCCAUUGACUUUGGACUCUCUGUCUUCUUUAAGCCAGGCCAAAUUUUCACAGAUGUUGUUGGGAGUCCAUAUUACGUUGCUCCUGAGGUGCUUUUGAAGCAUUAUGGUCCAGAAGCAGAUGUUUGGACGGCGGGCGUCAUACUCUACAUCCUGCUAAGUGGUGUUCCACCAUUCUGGGCUGAAACACAGCAGGGGAUAUUUGAUGCAGUUCUGAAAGGGCACAUUGAUUUUGACUCAGACCCUUGGCCCGUAAUAUCUGAGAGUGCAAAAGAUCUCAUCCGGAAGAUGUUGUGCAUGCGACCUUCAGAGCGGUUAACCGCUCAUGAAGUAUUAUGUCAUCCUUGGAUUUGUGAAAAUGGCGUUGCUCCUGAUAGAGCACUUGAUCCUGCAGUACUUUCUCGCCUCAAACACUUUUCUGCAAUGAACAAGUUAAAAAAGAUGGCUCUGCGGGUGAUUGCUGAAAGCUUGUCGGAGGAGGAGAUUGCCGGUCUUAAGGAGAUGUUUAAGGCCAUGGAUACUGAUAACAGUGGUGCUAUUACAUUUGAUGAACUAAAAGCUGGUUUGAGAAAAUACGGCUCUACUCUAAAGGAUAUAGAGAUACGGGAACUUAUGGAUGCUGCUGAUGUGGACAAUAGUGGAACUAUUGACUAUGGAGAAUUCAUAGCAGCAACUAUUCACCUUAACAAAUUGGACCGUGAGGAACAUCUCAUGGCAGCAUUUCAGUAUUUUGACAAGGAUGGAAGUGGUUAUAUUACAGUUGAUGAGCUCCAGCAAGCGUGUGCAGAUCAUAAUAUUACAGAUGUACUCAUGGAGGAUAUCAUCAGCGAAGUUGAUCAGGAUAACGAUGGGCGCAUUGACUACGGAGAAUUUGUUGCCAUGAUGCAAAAAGGAAAUCCAUGUAUAGGAAGACGAACGAUGCGAAAUAGUCUGAAUUUCAGCAUGAGAGAUGCACCGGGAGCUCAUUAGCUUUUUGAAUGGACAAAUCAUUUAGGUUUUACAGAAAGUAGAGCAAAGGCAAUGGAACUGCCAAGAUAACGUGUCUGCUAUGCAGUUCUGACAGUAGCAUGCCCUGCUCUCAAGUUUGAGUAGAAGAGGAUGACUGAAAGAGCUUGUAGACUGCUAUCAACUUGCUGUGUGCCUCAACAAAAUGUUGAAAUCUUUGUGGUCCUUACUGUGUGAAAUCCUUUCAACUACUUGAUGUGUUCAAAUUUAAUUAGUGUUCUUUAGUCGAGGCUUCAUGCUUGCUUCAAUUAGAAGGUGGUUUACCUUCCGGUGUAUCCUUCUCAAAUCAUUCACAUUUCUUAUUUACAUAAUUAUGUAUUUUAUCCAUGAGUUUUUCUCUUUUCGGAGAUUGUCUUCGUUGUCUUUAAGGAAAAGCACGCCAUUUGGUGUAACAAUUUACAUAA